UGUCGGAAACCGUACUCCCUCAAGGGGCCGGAUAUGGAGUCGGCGUCGGAAUUGGCUUGUUCUUCAGUGCAUUUAUGCUUGGCAUUACUGCCAUUCAAGCACGAUAUACAGCCUUCUCACCCAAGAAUUCCGAGGAGUUCACCAGCGCGUCACGUAGCGUGAAGCCUGGUUUGAUUGCCUCAGGAAUUGUCUCUGCGUGGACGUGGGCGGCCACUUUGGUGCAAAGUAGUGCGGUGGCUUACAAGUUCGGGAUCAGUGGUCCUUGGUGGUAUGGAGGUGGAGCGACUGUACAAAUCUUGCUUUUUGCCAUGGUGGCCGCAAAACUGAAGCUCAACGCGCCUUACGCCCACACAUGGCUCGAAAUUGUUGGAGUAAGAUGGGGAAAGACCGCUCAUUUGGUCUUCAUGUUCUUCGGGCUCGCCACCAACAUCAUUGUCAGUUCCAUGUUGAUUCUUGGGGGCUCUGCCACGGUGACGGAUCUGACCGGGAUGAGCACAAUUGCUGCUUGCUUCCUGAUUCCCCUUGGAGUCGCUAUCUACGUGGUCGUCGGUGGAAUGCGGUCAACCCUUCUGUGCGACUAGACACACACCGCCGUCCUCUUCGCCAUCAUUCUAACCUUCAUCUUCACUGUCUAUGCAACCAGCGACAAGAUCGGAAGCCCCUCCAAGAUGCACGAGCUGCUCACUAACGCCUCUACCGUCGCCCCCAUCGCAGGCAACGCACACGGUUCGUACAUUACCAUGCGCUCGAAGAACGGGCUCAUCUUCGGCGUCAUCAACAUCAUCGGGAACUUCGCCACAGUGUUCCAGGACCAGGCGUACUGGCAGCGCGCGAUCGCUAGCCGGCCCGCAAGCACCGUGAAGGCAUACCUCCUUGGAGGCCUGGCAUGGUUCGCGAUUCCAUUCACGUUUGCGACGACACUUGGACUUGCUGCUGUUGCGCUCCGGGGAGAUCCUGAUAUGAAGGUCCUCACACCUGCUGAUGUGUCUGCUGGUUUGCCGGCUGCUGCUGCCGCGGCUGCCCUCCUGGGCAAGGCAGGUGCUGCUGCACUGCUCGUCCUUCUCUUUUUGGCCGUCACUAGUGCCUGCUCUGCCGAACUGAUUGCAGUUUCGUCUAUCCUGACUUACGAUGUGUACAAGGCCUACGUCAACCCCAAAGCCACGGAAGAGCAGAUUUUGCGUGUAGGUCACGCUGGAGUCGCCUUCUACGCCCUUGUUUGCGGUCUCGCGGGUGUGAUUUUCUUCUACAUUGGCGUCUCCAUGGGUUGGCUCUAUGCGUUCAUGGGUGUCAUCCUCGGCUCUGGAGUUGCUCCCAUCGCUUUGUGCAUCACCUGGAGUAAGGCGAACAAGUGGGGCUGCAUCGGUGGAUCGGUCGCUGGGUUCGUGGCUGGUGUCAUUGCCUGGCUUGUCACGACUGCGAAGCUCAACGAUAAUGUCAUCAAUGUCGUGGCGAGCGGAGGCGACUAUGAGAUGUUGGCAGGCAACCUCGCGUCCAUCGGUGUUGGCGCCAUCGUGGCCGUCGUCUCUUCCCUCAUCGGGCCCGACAACUUCGACUGGGAAACCACCCGCGCAAUCAACGUGCCCGCUCCGCCUCCAGAGAAAACCGAGAAGGACUCCGACAGUGACACCCACAAGAAAGGGUCCAUCGCCGGCGACUCAUUCGACGUUAAGGAGGAAGCAGACGAACUCGACCCUGUGGCUCUUGCGAAGGCGUUCAGAUUUGCAACCGUCUCCUCCGUCAGCUUGGUCAUCAUCCUCAUCCUCAUCAUACCCCUGCCACUGUUCUUCUCGUCUCACAUCUACGGCGUUGGCGGCCUGACGGGGUGGGUUUCGAUCGGCAUCGCAUGGACGUUCUGCUCCGCCAUCGCCGUCGUCAUCUACCCUCUCUAUGAGAGCAGACACGCGCUCAUCCAGAUUACAACCGGCAUUUACAAGGAUAUCUUCACGAAGGGCAGUGGGAAAUUUGUCGACGAGCCCCCCAAGGCCUCCGCUGCCUGAU